AGCUGUGUGUUAUGUGACACCUGUUGAAAAUGGAUUUAAAGUAGUUUUGGUCUCUGCUCUUCUUUUCUUGUUCCAAUUCAAUCUGUGACGGAUCACAAUUGCUAGUAAUUGGUUAUAAUGUUAGAAAAGAUUUUCACGAAACUUCUACCAAUUGUCCAGCGUUACAGAAUCAGGACGGGAUUUAAUUUUACCGAUACGGUGAAACGCAAAUACGGAAAGUCAUACUCGUUGUACAACAAAACAAAUAGCACAUUACCGGUGCAUGAAGAACUGCGAGAAAUUUUCAAAUUCAAAAACACUAAAAUCAGCAACUGGAUCAUAGAGAACAAGGUACGUGCGCUAUGUAUCAAAUAUACUGAAAGCAACAAGGAAGAUCGUCAACGGAUCUUGCGUACAUUAGCUGCACAAUAUGCUGUGCAACAUGAUAAUGUAUGCCAAAUAGCCAAGAAAUUAAUUUGUACCAAGCUUGAAAAUGAGAGACAGAUGAUUAUCCACGAAAGAACUCUGAAAGAUAUUCUUACACCAGCCUAUUAUUGGCUAUUUGGUAUAAUAGGAAGACUAGAGCAUGGUGUAAAAUUUUUAGUUGAUCUAAGAACCGAUGUUUUGGAAUUGAUGGCAGAAGCAAAUGAUGCUGAUGAAAGUAUAAUAAUACAGCAGUUAAAUUAUACUCUGCGAGAUUUGCUUUUGCUUUGGUUUUCAGUAGGUUUUUUACAUAUACAACGAAUAACAUGGGAGAGUGCAUGUGAUAUAUUGCAGAAGAUAUCAGAUUAUGAAGCUAUACAUCCUAUGAGAAAUUGGUUGGAUUUAAAACGUAGAGUUGGACCAUAUAGAAGAUGUUACAUAUUUACACAUCCAUCCAUGCCGAGAGAACCUAUUGUUGUUUUGCACACAGCAUUGUGUGAUGUUAUUCCAGAUAGUGUGAAAGGUAUCGAAGAAGCUGAAACCAGAAUCUUAGGAAGCACCAAAAAACAUAUAACUUUCCUUGAAGAAGACAAAAUUAAAAUAAAAGCUGCAAUAUUCUAUUCUAUAGCAUCUACUCAAAAAGGAUUGCAGGGCAUUGAACUUGGCAAUUAUCUUAUCAAAGAAGUAGUCAAUGAAGUCACAGCUGAAUUUCCAGCAGUGCAACUAUUGUCUAGCUUAUCACCGAUACCUAACUUUAAAACUUGGUUAUUUGAAAAAUUAAAGCAAGAUACGAAAUAUAUAUUCACCAUGAAAGAAUACGAAAUUAUAAAAGAAAUUUUAAAAACGGAAGAUGUAAUAUCUACCCUAAAGUGUUUACAAUCCUCAUUAUGGACAAAUAAUAAAGAAUUGUCAGGAUUUUUGAAAGAACCACUACUUCGAGCAUGUGCCUGGUAUUUAUAUAAAGAAAAACGACGCGGCUAUGCUCUAAAUAAUGUCGCAAAUUUUCAUUUACGUAACGGAGCGGUGAUGUGGAGAAUAAAUUGGUUGGCCGAUCCUUCACCGCGCGGAGUGGCUAAUAGUUGUGGCAUAAUGGUUAACUAUAGAUAUUUUUUAGACGAAUGUGAGAGAAACAGCCGAAAUUAUAUCGAACAUUUUAUUAUAAAUGCCUCGGAAAGUGUAAUCAAUCUGGCCACGCAAGCGGAUAAAUUAAAAGCUAUAUGAUAAUGUAUGCUAUAAGAUAUGCUGAAGGAAUGUUAAGAAUGAUGAGAAUAUAAUCAAUGUUUUAAGUUGAAUAACUGAGAAGGACAAUUGCAUCGAAAUAACAUCGGAAAUAUUAAAUUACGCAAUUAAAGUAUUAUUAUUUUUGUCUCUUUCUCUCACUUUCUCUCUGAUAAGCGUACAUAAACUUUACAAAUUUUUACAUAAAAAUGGAAAGGGGAAGAAAAUAAAGUCUAUGAUACACACCUGUA